CUCAUCUAUACGUUUUUUGUCCGCAACGGCCAUACCAAUCACAGCGCAGGAUUUGGUUGACCUAGUACCACGCCUAGGCUGAUUUAUGACAUCGCUUGCGUCACAGAAUAGUGAUCUUUUGUCCUAGACUCGGUGCAUGCCAAUUUUCUUUUGACCACCUCUCUUUUGCGCUUCUGUUGAUGUGACCAGUGUGGUCGUAUCAUGCCAAAAUUGCGAGACUUCUGCCUUCCACUGGCGCUUGCGCUUUCGAUUUUCCACUUAGGAAGAGCCUUGCCUGAAAGCCGUCACAAAGAAGCAUACGACGCUGAGACGAUCGUGAACGCGCUCUCGAAAAAACUGCACGACAAGCUCUUAACGCUCGAAGACACUUUGCACAAAACAAAAGAGGAAAUCAGCGCGACCAUAAAAGAGCUGACCAUACUGAAGAAAGUAGACGUGCUUCUGGGACAGCUGAACAAUCGACAUGAGCCUGGGCCACUAUGUGAGCAUGAUUAUGUUGUGGUUGACUUCCGCUACAAACAGAAUAUACUGAUAGAGACUCGCUCGUCGCUGCCAGCCCACUAUACGAUCAGCGUACAAGUAAAUCAUAAAUUCUUGGUAGACGAGAAGAAAACAUCCAAAGAUGGCGGAGAUCUGCGAGUAUUUUACCUCCAUGAUGAUAAAAGUCUUCCCGUUGAGAUAGACCGAAUUGUUACCGAUUUGUACACCAACAGUACUACUAUUAAAUUCAGAACGCAGAGGGUAAUUCCUGCCAAUACAGUGGACACCACCUCUUAUGCUCUCGUUUUUGGUGGAAAAUCCAUUGACAAGGCCAAAGCUGACCCAAAGAACGUGUUCCUGUUCCACGAAGAUUUCUCCAAUUCAACACUGAGAGACUGGAAACGGGUCUGGGGAGAAUGGGCUGUCAAGAAUGGAAGUCUUUUUGGCAAAACUGGCCGAUCACUGUUUGGAUAUAGUGAGGUUGGACUGUACCUUAAAGAAGGGGAAGAAUGGGGCGACAUUGAAGUGCAACUUGAUUUUAUGGAGACAGGCACGGGCACUGUUUUUCCUGGUCCAUUUUUACGAGUUCAGGAAUUCGGGCUACAACACACAACAGCUUGGUGGUUUGCGUACAGGACCGAUGACAAGGAAUGCACCAUGAGACCGUUUGUCCACAACAAAGACGGAGGAUGGAAGUACAAAUGCCAGCUUCCACAACCUCUUGUUAAAAACAGGUGGUUUCGUUUUAAGUACCGCUUGAUUGGAAACAAAAUUUCCCAGUGGGCCAAUGGUGUGUCCAUACAAAAUAUCGCUGUACAAAACACAUGGAUGAUUCCAAGGGGCACCAUCGGAUUCGGCUGCCUCACAGUUGACAGUGGGAUCGGAUGUACGACCUAUUAUGACAAUUUAAGAGUACGACUGGUUGUCGAGUCCAACCCCACGGUAAGCCCCGGAGACACGUGUCACCUAGCACAUUACAAUGAUUUCCCUUAUGGAGAUGAAGAGCGACCUGGAGACUCCUGCAAGCAGAUUUACGACGUAAAUCGUCAUGGAAGACACAAAUCUUCGACCAAAAAUGGCGUCUACUGGCUCAGGACCGGGAUUAAUGGCGAGGAAAGCACCUCCACCUUUUGUGACAUGGAAAAUGGUGGAUGGACUCUUAUUGGAAAGAUUAGCGGUAGUGCAGGAAUUAUUUACCAACGGUGGCUCGUGGGAAAUGUCAACACAGAACUCCUGAAGUCACCUAAUGCGAAUUCAAGAGACCAGCUGUUUGCUUGCCUGGAUGCCCGCCGCCUUGCUGUCAGGUAUUCUUCUGAAAUCAUGUUAUCCAGCAGUGAAAAUCCGUUGGGAAUAGGGGCCAAAUGGAUUCAGUGGGAAUUGCCAGUGGGCAGAGAAUACAGUACUUGGUGGAACUAUGGUGUUGGUCAGGCUAGGGUGAAGGCAGCAGACACACACCAAGUAACCGUGAAAGCGUGGAACGGCAAAACCCAGGUUUGCUACCAAAACAAGUAUGGCAUAAUGCCAUUGCAGCAGCACGGUGGUUCAUACCCCUACGCAUCUUAUAACAGGCGCGGAAAUACCAAGGUAAACGAUUACUGCAUGGCAGUAGGAGUUUUGGUGAAGGGCUCCAAUGCAAAUGGAUGGAGCCAGAACGCCAACGGUUAUGACAGUCCCCAAAGUGACUCUGAUUGGCCCAAUACACAAUACAAUCACCAAUCUCCACACUUGCUCGUGUGGCUUAAGUAAAGGCUCAACCUCGUUCCCAGGGUCUCUCUUCUUCCGGCGCCCUGGAGCGACAGAGCGGCGCUCUAGGGGGCGGAAGGAAGAGAGACCCUGGG